UGACGAUCGAAGCCUUCAGUGCACUCGAGGCUUUUCAGCGUACUUUGGGUUUCCCUGAUAUUUUUGCCACCUUUCGGUAUCUAUAGGGGCAAACGUACUACAACAGAUGAUUGUCUAUGCUUGACUGCCUGUCGCACCCUUCGCAUUCCUUGUCGAAGGAUCGAAACCAAGUCACAUUGACCCAUCGUGUUGAACCCCUCCAUACCCCACCAUUCCACCCAAAGGAGACCUCGCAACAUUACGCAUCAACCGUUUGUCCGAUAUCUCGCCUAAACGUAUUUUUUGCAAACCGAGCUAUCAUGGCCAGCAGACAGUUACGCAAGAUCCGGAAACAGCAAGAGCUGUUGAGCCUCCAGAAUGGCGCUGCCGAUAAAAGUGAAGAAGAAUCCGAGGAUGAACCGAUCGUCGCAAGACCUCGGGCCAACAUGUUCUCGGGGUUUGCCGCUCUAGGAGACGAGGGCGACGAUGGAAACGAUGACGAGGACCAGAAGAGCGACGAGGAAGAUGCUCGGCAGGCAGCACACCAGGAGCAAAUAGUGGAAGAGGCAGAGCCCGCCAAGAAGACCAAGAAGAAGCAGAAAAAGAAAAAGAAGAAAGGCAAACAGGCCGGGCAGCCAGCGCCAGCCCAAGACGAGCGCGACUCCGUCGAUGAGAUAGACCGGGUGCUUGAAGAGCUCAAACUCGAGUCCCAGCAACCGGGUGAUGUUGUCGAAACCCCAGCGGGGGGCGAAUCCGCCAACGAGCUCAACGAGCUUCUACGUAUCAACUUCCAGCAUCUCAAGGCCGUGAACGAGAUGCGAAGGGUCUUUGGCAAGGCCAUGGACGUGGCCGAAGUUGAGGAGCGCACUCAGGAAAACCGACAGCGCGGGCUGCCCCAGAAUGUCGACCUUGAGACUUUCCUCAGUGCUCGCGCUGCCCACCCAGGCCAGGGGUCCCAGAACAACAAGAGCAUGUUUGACACUAUUUUGCGCACGAAUCCGUUCAUUGACGGCAAGAAGACUUGGCCCCGCGGCACGGCUCAGGGGCUUAAGAUGAUUCGCGUCACCGAGGGAUCGCAGGACGAAGUCGAAUUCGCCUUUGCACACGAUAAAACCUACGACGCCUUGGAAGGCAGCUUCUUCGGCUUGGUCCAGAUGUACGACCCCAUGCAGAUCGUCCACUUCUUGUACAGGUACCCGUACCACGUCUCCUCGCUUAUCCAAGUGAGCAAGGUCGCUCGUCAGGAUCAAAACUCUGCCUUGGCAGCAGACCUCAUCGAGCGCGCCCUCUUCACCUUUGGCCGGGUCAGCCUCAGCGAGUUCCGCAAGAAGCUGGAAAAGGGCCAGGCCAGGAUGAGCUUCUCCAGACCUGAGAACCGCCAGUUCUACCUGGCCGGCUACAACCUUAUCCAAAAACUAGUGCUGAAGGGCACCUACCGGACAGCACUCGAGUGGGCCAAGCUCUUCCUGAGUAUCAACCACGACGACCCCUACGGCAUGAUCAACUGGAUCCACGUCCUUGCCAUCCGUGCCCUCGAGGCUAAGUGGUUCAUCAAGUUUUGCAGCUCGGACGCCCUCACCAACGCAAGCAGCACCUACGCCAAGCAGACCCUCCCCCUCGCCCACUUCCAGCUCGGCGACACCGCCGCGGCCAAGUCCACCCUCAUCAAGGGCAUGCAAGCUCUUCCGUGGCUCUAUUGCGCCCUCUUUAGCGCUCUCAACCUGGAUACCCCCAGACCGAUCUGGGGCAUCCAGCCGCGCAACGAAGACGAGGCGCUACACACCGAACUCUAUAUCCACACCGCCAAGGACCUCUGGAACACCCCGCAGCACAUUAGCCUCCUCCAGGACGCCGCGGCGUCCGUAUCGAUCCCGCCCAACUACGCAUCCGCCCUGGGCCCUCCACCGGCCGUCUCGCUGGCGACGGCCCGCUUCAUCUACCUCGACAACACGCCAGCGCUCAUGUCGGCCGUCCCGCGCGGGAUGCUGCACACGGCCGUGCCCAACUUCGACUUCGACCCGCUGCCGCCGCCCGAGGAGGCCAACACGUUCUCGUCCGAGACCCAGCGGCUGCCCUGGCGCGUCACCCAGGCCGAGCGCGCGCGCUCCGCCGUCGGCCAGCUGCCCGGGAUGCGCGCGGCGAUUGCGCGGCUGCGGGAGGAGAUCGAACGCGAGGUCGAGGAGCGCGUGCGCAGGCGGCCGCACCUCGCGGGCGGCGGCGAGGCGGGUGGUGACGGCGUCGAUGAUGACGGGCAAGAGGACGACGGCGCGGCUGACGAGGCCGCGGCCGAGGCGGAGCAGCGCAGGCGGUUCUUGCCCAGGGAGUCGCCGGCGCCGGGGAUCAUGAACUACCUGAGAUACGUCAUGAACGGGAACUUGGAGGUGGUCGAUCAGCUAGAGGAGUGGCAAGCACCGACCGGCAUGCCCGGGGGUUGGGGUCAGGGGGAGGGCUGGGAAGAGGAGGAUGAUUUCGAAGGCGUGGACGAGUUCGAGGGCCCGGACGAUUUCGAGGGAGGAGGGUAUGGAGAUGAGGCGGAUAGAGGAUAGGUAGUGGCUUCAACGCCCCGUACUGUGUGGCAUGAUUGGUAUGUUGCGGUAUGUUGCGGGAGUAUGUAUAUACCUAGCCGUAACAGUGUGGUCGGGCAGAUGAUAUACCGAGAUUGGGCCUUGGGAGAUGGGGUUUACGGGCCCGCAAAGUUUUAAAUAAAAGCAUAACCUCCGUGGUUCAUUGAUCCGAAUGUGCGUGUCCGAUGCAUAUCUUCUUCGAU